UCCAAAUAACUAAUAUAACAGGAUGGGAUAGUCAGGGAGGACAAGGAAGUGUUAAUAUUCCACCAAUGUCUCUCAAAUACGUUCAACAAGGUAGGCUGGGUUUUAAAGUUCACUCUACACUACGUGUAGUGGGCUUCAUAGGGUGCAGAACAGUGUGGGUCGUGCCUCACGGAGUGCACCUACAGAGGGAGCAGGGAGCCAUUUGGCAUCCAGCCACACCAGCGAAUAGAAACCCGACAGGUGCUCUCGUACUAACGGAGAUAGCCGAGAAAAACGCAGUGCUGAAGAGUGUCCGGGUCUGAUGGAUGGAGGAGGCUGUUCAUGCUCACGCCAUGCUGUUACUGUGCUGCUAAUCUGAAUCAGCAACAUGGAGAUGGUUGUAGCUAAAAUCCUGUGCCUUCUGGGCAUGUUUGGCCUCAUGCUGAGCGCUAUUCUUCUCCCUGUGCGGGUGAUGCAGUCGGACCUGGACAAGGCUGUGCGCUACAGGAAGGCGGUGGCGUUCAGUAACUCAUUCGGAGGCGGUGUGUUUCUGGCCACCUGCUUCAAUGCGCUUCUGCCUGCUGUUCGAGACAAGGUGGAGCAGAUCCUAAACCUGCUGAAGAUCACCACCGACUACCCACUGGCCGAGACCAUGAUGAUGCUUGGCUUUUUCCUCACUGUGUUUGUCGAGCAGGCUGUGCUGACCUUCAGGAAGGAGAAACCACCCUUCAUCGACCUUGAGACCUUUAAUGCCGGCGGCUCGGAGGCAGGCAGCGACUCUGAGUAUGACACGCCGUUCAUCGCUCCAGCACGGAGCUCGCAUCAUCACUCGCAUAAUCACUCUCAUCACCACGGCCAUUUCAACCCUGCAGAACUAACACGAGCAGGACCACUGCGGCUCGCAAGCCUCGUCCUGGCCCUCUCCGCUCACUCAGUCUUUGAAGGCCUUGCUCUUGGGCUUCAGGAAGAUGGUGCUAAAUUAGGAAGCCUUUUCCUCGGAGUGGCGAUUCACGAGACCCUCGCAGCCAUGGCUUUAGGGGUCAGUGUGGCUAAAGCAGGACUGCAGCUUCGGGAUGCCAGCAAGCUGGGCAUCACGGUCAGCCUCAUGAUCCCCAUCGGCAUUGGCCUUGGAAUGGGUAUCGAGAGCGCCCAGAACCUGGCAGGAAGUAUUAUUUCUGUGGUGCUCCAAGGCUUGGCAGCAGGCACAUUUCUUUUUAUUACUUUCUUUGAAAUUCUCUCCCGAGAACUGGAGGACAAACAUGAUCGGCUCCUGAAGGUGCUUUUCCUCGUCUUAGGGUAUGGUAUACUGGCAGGUCUAGUCUUUAUCAAGUGGUGAUGGAUCUCAGCAGUUCCCAGAGCGAAUGAUCUACAGCAGGUUUCGCUUUUUGGAAUAGUUAACCCUCCUCAUUGCCAUAACCAAAGGGCCAGAGUUUUCUGAAUAUAUUCUAAAAAGACUUUUCUUAACUUGUUACUUGUUAAAUUUCUGUACCUAUGAAAUCAUACACUGGAUAUACAGAAACAGUAGCAUAUUAGAUGCAGAAAAGCGUUUUAACUGUAGUGAAGUGAUUUAUUACUGUGAACGUUGUUGGACGGGUGCUACUGCAGAUUUUAAAUGUUAUAUGUUAUUGAUUCAUUUGAUGCUAGAUGACUUUGUGAUAAACAUUGGAGAUACAGUCCCCGUUUUAUUUGUUUUAUACCUGAUUAAAAGGUUAGCUUCAGAGACA